CAGUGUACGGCAGCGGCUCUGUAGCUCACGCACACACACUAGCUUUUAGCGGGUAGUAACAAACUGAGCCACAAACUAAACUUGUUUCACCCGCCGUCAUGUCCGUUUUGUGUUACAAUAAGGGAUGUGGACAGCGAUUUGAUCCAGAAAAUAACCCAGACGAUGUCUGCACUUAUCAUCCAGGAGUCCCGGUAUUCCACGAUGCACUGAAGGGAUGGUCCUGUUGCAAGAGAAGAACUACUGACUUCUCAGACUUCCUCAGCAUUGCAGGCUGUACAAAAGGUCCCCACAACAAAGAGAAGCCCCCUGAGCCGGUGAAACCAGAUGUGACAUCGUCAGGAGAAAAGAAAGACACAAAUGAACAAAAACCAAAGUUUAAUGAGUACAUCAUCUCCGCACCAAAGCCUCAGGAGGCGAUACACAGACCAAGUCCUGAUGAACCGAUGGUGAGAUUGCAGCAUAAAGUCUCUGCUUCUCUGAAGCAGGCUCUGGAGAAACUGAAGCUGUCUGAAAAUUCGGAAGAGAAAAAGGAGGAAGAUAGCGACGAGAUCAAGAUUGGAACAUCCUGUAAAAAUGGAGGAUGCUCUAAAAGUUUUAAUGGACCUGCAAGCGAUUCGGAUGUGUGCUUAUACCACUCUGGAUUUCCUAUCUUCCAUGAAGGGAUGAAAUACUGGAGCUGCUGUAAGAGGAAAACCUCAGACUUUAACACCUUCCUCUCUCAAGAGGGCUGUACCAAGGGAACACAUCUAUGGAGGAAAAAAGAUGAGGGUAAGAAAGUGGUUCCAUGUCGAUUUGACUGGCAUCAGACUGGGACACAGGUCAUCAUCUCUAUCUACGCUAAGAAUGCUGUCCCGGAGCUGAGCUACGUGGAUGCAAACAGCACUACACUCAACAUCCAUGUUAUAUUUGAGGGAGAGAAGGAAUUUGAGCAGAAAAUCAGCUUGUGGGGAGUGAUAGAUGUGAGUAAGAGUAUAGUGAACAUGAUGGCAGCCAAGAUCGAAGUAGCCAUGAAGAAGUCUGAAUCUAUGUCGUGGGCUCGCUUGGACCUUCCUCCCCCCGUCAUCCCGCCCAAGGAGAACGAGAAGAAAAAAGAGGAGGCUGAGAGCGAGGAGGAAGAUGAAUGAUGAAUGAAUUAAAACUAAAACAUAAAGUGUGUAUUUUUAGAUGAA